AUGGAUCAGGGCGCAAAGUCAGCUGGUUACCCAGAUGUCAGCUGGAGUGCCAUUUUGGAUAUUCCGUUAAAGGAGUCCGAGGAGGUCGUUAGCAUUGAUUUGCAGAAUGACUUACCUGAAGAUCCAAAUGACUUAAAAACGCUGUUGGUGGAAGAAAACUCGGAUAAGGAGCAUUGGCUAACGAUUGCAAUUGCUUACAGUAACCAGGGAAUGAUUAAAGAAUGCAUAAGUUUAGUCAAGAUGGCGUUAGAGGUUUUUCAAGGGCCGCAGUCCGCGUCUCUCCACACUUGCCUGACUUGGGCAUACUUGAAGCUAGCGAAGGAGCAGACAGGCGCAGAAUCAGAGAGGGAGGAUAGUCUUACACAAUCUGAGCACCAUUUGAAAGAAGCAAUAACUUUUGACCCAACAUGGGUUGGCAAUAUGCUUGCAACUAUCGAUCUUUACUACCAGAGAAGGCAGUACGACAAGGCUCUCGAAACUUCAGAGAUUUUUGUUAAGACAAUAUAUGCUGAAGAUCAACGCCAAGGAAGACAAUCAAAGCCCAAUGUUAUGUUCUUGCUGGUCCGAGCUAAGCUUUUCUACCAGAAGAGAAACUACAAUGUGAGCUUAAGACUCUUCCAGGAACUUCUUGUUUUGAACCCGGUGUUGCAACCUGACCCUCGUAUUGGUAUUGGAAUGUGUUUCUGGCAAUUAAAAGACUACAAAAUGGCCAUUAGAUCCUGGAAGAGAUCGUUGGAGCUAAAUCCAAGCAAUGCAAACAUUAAGAUUCUAAUCCUGCUAGGAGAAUUUCACAAGGCCUUUACGGAUUCUGAAGAUGACGAGUCGUUUCGAAACAACUAUAUGAAUGCUUUACAGCAACUGGAUGGCAUUUUUGCAACAAACAAGCAAAAUCCUGUUCUUUUGGUUCUUUAUGAGACUUACUGCUACCUUAAAGGGGACUUUUCGAAAGUAAUCGAUAUUCACGAAAAAAAAAUCAUUCCUCUCACGCCCGGCGUAUCGAACACAGUCUUAUCAGAGUCUUCGUUUUGGUGCGGAAGGGCGUAUUACUCUUUGCGGGAACCUCGUAGAGCCUUUCAGCAUUUCCAAGACAGUCUCAAGGCCAACGAGGAAAAUCUUCUGGCAAGAUUUGGAUUGGGCCAAACUCAAAUUCAAAAUAAACUAGUCGAAGAAAGCAUUCUCACUUUCGAGAACUUGUACGCCACCCACGAAAACAUACAGGAGCUCAACUACAUACUGGGGCUUUUAUACAGUGGGAAAUGUCUAGACGCAAAGUCACGGCAAUCCAUCCCACCUAACGGAAGGGCUAAGCUUUUAGAGAAAGCUAUCACAUACAUGGAAAAGUAUGUUAAGCUCACUAAGGCGAAAAAAAAUCAACUUGUUGUAUUGAAAGCUUAUACGGUAUUGUCUGAGCUUUAUCAUCUUCAAAAUUCGUACAAGCAAUCUCUGGAGUGCCUGUCUCGAGUUGUUGAACAACUGAGUAUGGCUGGGAAUAAAAUAGUUCCAUUGGAAAUUUAUAACAACUUGGGUUGCUUCCAUUUUAUAAAUGGGGAUUGGGAAGAAGCUAGAAGUUGCUUUGAGAAGUCGUCAAAGGUUUUAGAUUCGGAUUCGAGUGCACCCACCGCCAUAACGAUACAGUUCAACAAAACAAGAGUGAGCGAAUCUGAUGAUUCAGAAAAUGCGGAGCAUGGCUACGAAGCUAUCUUAAAUGCCCAUCCAGAUUAUGUGCAUGCAAGGAUAAGAUGUUUGUACUUGAAAUUCAUGAGCACAAAAAGCGCUGAACUCGCACCACAAAUGGACAAACUCCUCCAGCAACACAGCUCUGAUCUUGAUGUGCGUUCCUUUUACAGCUGGUUUCUGAAGAGCCAUGCCACCACAAAUGCAAAUGACAAGAGCGAAAACCUGGAAACUAGCCAUAAUCGUGAGACAUUGACAAAGUAUGAUUCACAUGAUUCAUAUGCUUUGAUAUCUUUGGCUAAUCUCUAUGUUACCAUUGGCAGAGAGACAAAGCGGUCCUCAUCUGCCAAGGAACAAGAAAAGUCUCGCCAGUCUUUUGUGAAAGCUGUCCAGCUCUUUCAAAAGGUUUUACAAGUGGAUGCUUACAAUGUUUUUGCCGCUCAAGGGCUUGCAAUAAUAUUUGCGGAGAACAAAAGAUACGGGCCAGCUCUUGAAAUCUUGAGAAAAGUCAGAGAUUCACUUGACAAUGAGUCAGUUCAUAUCAAUCUAGGGCACUGCCUUUUGGAGAUGCAAGAGUAUGCUAAGGCCAUCGAAAAUUAUGAAAUUGCUUUAAAGAAGUUCACUAAUGAAGAAAGCAGGCCCCUGCUCUUGAAUUUGUUGGGCCGCGCAUGGUACUCUCGAGGAAUAAGAGAGAGAUCGUUGGAGUGUUUUGAGAAGUCUCUAGACUACGCUCAACAGGCACUAACCGCUGAGACCGAGAAGAAGAAUAGCAAAAUGGUUCAAAGCGUCAAAUUCAACGUAGCAUUACUUCAUUUUCAGAUCGCCGAAACGCUGCGCAGAUCUGUUCCAAAAUUAAGAACGGUUGAUAAGCUCGAAGCUGCACGCGCAGGCUUGGAAACUGCGCUAGGCUUGCUCAAAGAAUUGAUGGAUCAAAAAGCUACAAUUAUGCCUAUUGAAGAACUAGAUCAAAGAGUUCAGUUAGGAGAAACAACAAUGAAGAGUGCUCUAGAAAGAUGCAUCGCAGAGCAGACCGAAUAUGAAGAAAAGGUUUCAGAGAAGCUAGCUCUAGCCAGAAAGCUACAGGAAGAAAACGAGCUCAAGGAACAAGAACAGCGCAAAAAGCUUGAAGAACAGGAACGUGUGCGGCGCGCGCAGCAAACCCAGGAGUUUAGCAAACUACAGGAAGAAGCACGCAAGUUGAUGGACGAACGAGCAGAAUUUAGCGCAGCCGAACAAGAACGAGAGCUAAACCCGCCUCAAAGCGGCGAUGAAGAUGAGGAUGCAGCAGCAGGAAAGAAGAAAAAAAGAGCAAAACGUGCCAAAAAGACGGACGACGCUAAGCAAACGCCCAAACAAAAGAAGAGACGUACUAAAGCUGUCUUGGAGGAUGAAGAGGACGAGGGCGAAGGACAAGGCGAUAAUAAAGCCAGCGAGGGGGAGCGCAGUAAUAGCGGCUCGCACAAAACUACCGCCACCUACCUGUCUAAUGAGUUUAUUGACGACAGUGACGAAGGUCUCGAAGGUUCCGCCCAUUCAACGCCGGAGAACAGUGACAAUGAGGAUUUGUUUUAG